AUGUUCAAAAAUGUUAGCAACUAUGAUUUAGCCAUGGUGGCACUUUAUUUAGAAGAGGAAGAUGAAGAAAAUCGGAGAGAUUUCAUGGAGAACAGAGGAAAACGCAGAUUUUGGGUACAUCCUGCUUGGAAAAUAAGAUCCGCAGAAGGAGAGUUUCUUGGUACAGGAGAUUCCGUUAAGACGAUAUCCUUUAGCUAUAGGUUGGGAAGAAGUACAGUUUGUUCCAUUGUUCUUCAGACGAGCAGAGCAGUAAUUGAAGUACUUUUAAACGAAGUGAUGCCUGUACCGGAUGAGGACAAGUGGAAUGAAAUAGCAACCGAAUUUUGGGAAAGGUGGCAGUUUCCCAAUUGCAUUGGUGCAAUGGAUGGGACAGACACUGAACUUCCCAUGGUUAUAGUGACCGAUGACGCUUUUCCUCUCAUAACCAACAUCAUGAGACCAUUUCCGGGGAAGAAAUUGACUGACGAGCAGAGAAUUUUCAAUUACCGAUUGAGUAGGGCAAGAAGGAUGUCUGAAAAUGUGUUUGGCAUUUUGGUGCAAAAAUUUCGGAUGUUCAUGAGACUUCUCCAGGGAAAUCCUGAUAACAUAACGAGCGUUGUACUCGCAGCAUGCAUCUUGCACAACUUCAUUCGAAAUACCGAAGGCUACAAUGAGGAACAAAAGAAACUAGAAGAUGCUACCCUCCAAGGAGUAUGUGAUGGAGUAAGUCCAGCUCCAAAGGUGAAACUUGUAACAAGAAAAUUGAUGAAGGGACAUUUAAAUAAAGUUAAUUCAGUCCAUUACAGCGGGGACAACCGUCAUUGCGUAUCUGGUUCACUUGAUGGCAAACUUAUUAUUUGGGAUACUUACACUGGAAAUAAAAUGCAAAUCAUACCUUUACGUUCAGCAUGGGUAAUGAGUGUUGCCUAUUCUAAUUCAGGAAAUCUAGUAGCUUGUGGUGGAAUGGACAACAUGUGUACAAUUUACGACUUAAAUAAUAAGGAUGCUAAUGGAAUAGCUAAAAUGGUUAGAGAACUAGCUGGAUAUGAUGGAUUUCUUAGUUCUUGUCGUUUUCUAAGUGAUAAAUCAAUUAUCACAGGAUCAGGUGACAUGAAAAUCUGCAAGUGGGAUUUAGAAACAGGAAAGAAAACAUCUGACUUUAUAGCUCACAAUGGAGAUGUAGUAUCUAUUAGUUUAUCACCUGAUGGAAACAGUUUUGUGACAGGAAGUGUAGACAAAACCUGUAGAUUAUGGGACAUACGAGAAGAAAAACCCAAACAAACGUUUUUUGGACAUGAAGCAGAUGUUAACUCAGUGUGUUUUCAUCCAAGUGGUUAUGCAUUUGCUACAGGAUCUGAAGACAAAUCAGCACGACUAUUUGAUAUCCGAAGUGACCAACAAAUUGCUGUAUAUAAACCACCCACACCUAAUAGUGGUUUUACAUCUUGUGGCUUAUCUAUUAGUGGUAGAAUAUUAUUAUGUGGGUCAGAUGAUAAUAAUGUACAUAUGUGGGAUUCCUUGAAAACUCAAUACAAUGGUAAGAAAGAUGUAAAAACAUUUGAAUUAUCUAUAAAUGAUUAUUAAUUAAUUAAAUUAUUAAAUAAUUAAAGUCCCUAAUAAUAGUAAAUAAAAACAUUAUUUGUAAUUUAUAAUUAUAAAUAGUAUUUUAUAAAAUUUGGAGGAUGUCACAAUUUAUAGGUGUA